GCAAACUAUUCAUGAAGAUAUCUUGAAUCAUGUAGUUGUGAAGGAAUCUUCAGACUUUUGAUCCUGGUACACCAACCACCGCAAUGGCAUUCCCGAUUCUACUAGCUACCCUCACACUGUUGGCUCUUGUUUCACUUGCCGUGGCGUCGGGUGACAACUCUACUGCCUCUGGAUAUAUACUCCUAAACUGUGGGGCAUCACAGCAAAACAUUGAUGAUAGUGAUCGUACUUGGAACGGGGACGCCGUCUCCAAGUUCGCACCGUCAGUGGAAGGAGUCACAGCCACUGCUUCAUACCAAGAUCCUUCACUCCCCUCCAUGGUCCCUUGGAUGACUGCUCGCAUCUUCACUUCAACUUACACCUAUUCCUUCCCUGUCAGCUCAGGCCGCAUGUUUGUACGCCUCUACUUCUAUCUGACUCCUUAUGGAAACUAUGCUGUCUCCAAUGCCUACUUCAGUGUCGCGACAACAACUCUUGUCUUAAAUGAGUUCAAUGCUUCCCAAACAGCUCAGGUCAUGAAUUCUACAGACCUUGUCCUUGAAUUCUCGGUGAAUGUUUCUACAGGUAGCCUAGACCUCAUCUUUACCCCAUCAGCACAUUGGAAUGGUUCUUAUGCAUUUGUGAAUGGCAUUGAGAUUGUGCCUACGCCUGACAUAUUCACUGCAGCUGACACAACAUUUGUCACUGGUGAUGAUGACAAUCAACUCUUCCCAUUGAGCCCUGAUGAAGCCUUCCAGACUAUGUACAGGCUCAACGUCGGGGGCCAAGACAUAUCCCGGAAAGAUGAUUCGGGUUUUUACCGCUCAUGGAACAAUGACUCUUCAUACAUAUUUGGUCGCUCCGGGGUGGCCUUCUCCAAAGAUCGUAAUUUGACUAUCGAGUAUACACUGGAAGUGCCAAAUUACACCGCGCCAGUUGGUGUCUAUGAUACAGCUCGGUCGAUGGGACCGAAUCAACAGAUCAACCCGGACUAUAACCUUAACUACAACCUGAACUACAACCUUACAUGGAUUUUGCCUGUUGAUGCAGGGUUCUCUUACCUCCUCAGGUUUCAUUUCUGUGAAAUCCAGUAUCCUUUUACCAGGAUAAAUCAGAGGUCAUUCUUCAUUUACAUCAACAACCAGACAGCGCAGCAGCAAAUGGAUGUCAACAUCUUUAGUGGAGGAAUCGGCAGAACGGCAUACAAAGACUAUGUUAUCAUCCUUGCUGGUUCCGGUCAGGUGGACCUGUGGGUUGCACUUCACCCUGAUCUUUCAAGUAGACCAGAGUAUUUUGAUGCAAUACUGAAUGGUCUUGAGGUAUUUAAGCAAGCGAGUAUCGAUCGAACCAAUCUUGCUUGGCUCAGUCGUCCAUUUCCGCAAGAGCCUGAUGCCAAUCUCAGCAGGGUGUCUGGUGGAGGGAAAUCAAACGGUGUUGUCAUAGGUGGAACUGUUGGUGGUUUCGCAUUGCUGUUGAUGGCAUGUUUUGGCAUUUGCAUCAUCUGCAGACGAAACAAGAAGAUAACAAAGAAUUAUGGUAACCACACACUAACUGCCAAUCCCAGCCCCGCUGGCAAGCCUUCCUACUUGACACUGCCUUCCAAUCAUUGCCGGCACUUCUCAUUUGCUGAAGUUCAGGCUGCCACCAACAAUUUUGAUCAAUCCUUGCUACUUGGCAAAGGUGGGUUUGGGAAUGUGUAUCUCGGAAAGAUAGAUAGUGGGACCAAGGUGGCAAUCAAGCGUUGCAACCCAAUGUCUAAUCAGGGUGUUCAUGAAUUCCAGACAGAGAUUGAGAUGUUGUCCAAGUUCCGCCAUCGCCACCUUGUGUCUCUGAUUGGUUACUGUGAGGAUAAGAGCGAGAUGAUUCUAGUGUAUGACUACAUGGUGCAUGGGACUCUGCGGGAGCACCUGUACAACAACAGACGCCCGCCACUGCUGUGGCAGGAGCGCCUUCAGAUUUGCAUUGGUGCAGCCCGUGGACUUCAUUACCUUCACACUGGUGCAGAGCAAGGAAUCAUCCACCGUGACGUUAAGACCACCAAUAUCCUAUUGGACGGUCAGUUAGUGGCAAAGGUUUCUGACUUCGGUCUAUCUAAGGCUAGUCCAGAUGUUGACAAUACCCACAUGAGCACGGCUGUGAAAGGCACCUUUGGAUAUCUUGAUCCAGAGUACUUCCGGCUGCAGCGUCUCACCAAAAAAUCAGACGUGUACUCCUUCGGGGUCGUGUUGUUUGAGAUCCUGUGUGCACGCCCUGUGAUAAACACACUGCUCCCGGAGGAGCAAGUGAGCUUGCGUGAAUGGGCGCUGUCUUGCCAAAAGAAAGGUGUACUCAGGGAAAUUAUUGACCCUCGUGUCAAGGAGGAAAUUACCCCGGAGUGCUUCAAGAAAUUUGCAGAGAUAGCGGAGCAAUGUGUUGCUGAUCGUAGCAUAGAUAGGCCAUCAAUGGGUGAUGUGCUUUGGAACCUUGAGGUCGCACUCCAGUUGCAGGAUAGUGCAAGGUACAAUACCAGCUGUGCUGCGGGGGCAUCAUCUCGUCAGAUAAUCGAGGUGCAUUCAAACAAACCAUCAACCCACUCAACAAUCAGCGCUGCAGCACAAGAAGAUAUAUUUUCAGCUAUCAUACAUCCGGAAGGCCGAUAAAAGCAAACUGCAGUAUAUCUGUGGGGCUAUCAAGGAUAAGGAGAGACCUACUUUAGACAUAUCAGCUGCAUUUCAAGCAUUCUCUCCCUUUUCCACCUCAAUCAAAAACUCGCCAACAACGGAAUCAUUUCAAUUGGUGUUACGAGGGUGUGCAGAGGAGAUCCAGAGUCACCCCUACUGAUUCUUAGCAUCUUGCUCA